AUGAGCCUCUGCUGCCGUCCACUGGCCCUGAUCCUCGUCUUCUCCCUGCUGGCGGGGACCAUCUUGCCAAACCGAGCUGCCCCCCUGACUGGAGAACUGCGCUGCCAGUGUGUUGAAUUGUUUUCAGGCAGGAUCCCCAUAAAACUCCUUGCCCGACUAAAUCUCUACCCUGCGGGACCUCACUGUGCCAACACUGAAGUCAUAGCCACCACCACAGAUGGGAGAGAAGUCUGUCUGGAUCCUGAGGCACCUUGGGUCAAGGUGGCUAUCAAAAGGAUUCUGGAAAAGAAUAAAGAAAACAACCAGCCAUGAAGGAAGCAACCAAACGGGGCUGAAUAGGGCAGAUACUGGUGAUGUCCAGGAAGGAAGAAGUUUACUGAGGACCCAUAGAAGGAAAAGCUGGAAAGCGAAUCCUACUCUUUUUGGCUUUGACCACAGAGCCACUGUCUAGAAUGCUUUCCACUAUUUAUUACUGAGCCUUGUUUUUAUGUAUUUAUUUUAUAUAUUUAUUCCUAACUCUCUAAUAUCUCUGUCACUUCAGCAGCACCAGGAACUGCUGUUAAUGCACUUUGUGUAAUGGGAGGAUGCGGAAUAUAUGUCACAGCAUCCAGAUGCCAGAUGGUUAAUGCCAGUGGAAAGUUGUCUUGCACCAGCACUACAGAAAUCAGUGGGAGCUGCCUCAGAGCACUAGAGUGAGGCUGUUGGUUGCUCCUGUAGCACUCACACAGGAGAACUUCUUGCUAGAUGGUGCCCAACAUUGUUCCUUUACAAGUGGGUAAAGGGAAUCACAUUAAGAUAGGAUUGCAGGGUCCCCCCAGUGGGGGGAUGGGGUUGCCAGAUCCAGGUUGGGAAUCUCAAGGAAAUCUGGGGAUGGAGCCCGGGGAGGACAGGGACUCCUCCAAAGCAUCCAUUUACUCCAGGGAAACUGAUCUCCGUAGUCUGGAGAUGAGCUGUAAUUCUGGAGGAUCCCCAGGUCCCACCUGGAGGCUGGCAUCCCUGCUUAAGAUCAUCCUUGGAGGCCUUCCUUAACAAAUAUGAUAGGUGAGCAAAUACAGGACUGUAUUAUAAUGAUGUAAUAAUUUAUGGCUGGGGGUGUUACAGUGUCACACUUUCCAUGAUGGGACUUCUAUUGGUCUUAUUAUUUUAAGGUCACAUUGGUACUUUCUGUUUUGAUGUUAUAAACAUAUUGCAGUAAUUUUUAAAUGACAUGUUGGCCACUUUCUGGAUUUUUAAAUAAUAAUAUGGGAUAAUAAUAUUUUAAUAAGAUGAUUAUUAAUUAUAUAUAUAUUAUUAUAUAUAAAAUGGCUUGCCCUAAAUCAGUUGUGACUUAACAGCAGUUUUCACCACCGAGUUCCAUUGAAGUAAUGGAUUUAAAACGGUGCAACACUGUUUAGGAUUGCACUAAAAGAUUUUUUUCCGGCACAAUAGAUGGACAAAUUUCUGUAAAGUGGAAAAAUUGCAAUAUCCAACUGUGGGAAAGUUUCAGUAAAAGGUCACCUGCUUAGCAUCUCUUAAGUAUUCAAGAGUUCUACUAAGUUACUGCUAUUUAUGCAGAAAUGUUAAGAGCAGCAAUGUUCUUUAUCAACUCUUUCAUUUAAAAAAUGUCUUCAUUGUAUGACAUACUGUCAGAAUAACUCCUAAGAAUAAGUUUGCUUUUUUAUGUGGAGGGGGGAGGGUAGAGGGAAAAUGCCUCAGGUUUAUGAAGAUUGUGCACACAUGUUAUACAUGAAAAUAAAAUUCUUCUCUAAACGCA